AUGAACCUUCAACGAGAUCCUGGCAGAACCGCAUACGCCGUAUGCCUUCUGCUCUCUCUUCAAUACAACUGUCUCGCUCGAGCAGAGAGCUUCACCUAUCCGACAGCAAAGGAAUAUCAGUUCAUCGUGGGAGACUUGGUCAAUGUAUCCUGGGACGUGGUGACAUCGCGUGUUUCUCUCUAUGAAGUGUGCAACACCAAGAUUCCUCUGCUAGUAAAUGUCACCAAUCCCUACAGCUAUGUUUGGAAUGCAACCCGCGACAAAUACAGAGAGUCCGGCUGCGCAUUCGAGCUCGAUUCACUAGACAUGUUCGGUAUUCUUGACCCACCAGUACUCACCAGCGUCAAGAUUGGCGUGAGCAAGCGUCAGAAAGAUGACCCGCCGCCUGAGUUUCAUAACUUGUACGACCCGACCAGCAGCACCACUAGCAGUACUUCUAGCACUACUUCAGUGAAAUCUACCUCGAGUACUACUUUAACAACAUCGACCUCUACAUCUUCUUCACAUGCUACAAGCAAUGCGGCUGCCGACAUAACAGCAACCCCUUCUACCCCAGCUCCAGCUACUACCGAUACAAAUAGUGGUCUCACUGUCGCACAAAAGGUUGGGAUCGGUCUCGGGGUCCCGCUAGGAGUGCUGGCAAUAUCCAUCGUUGGGGCUUUAGGCUUUCUGUAUCGACGUCGAUCUCAAAGGAGUGGUGUGGACGAGCCACCGAAUUCGAACCAACCCGCAUCCUCUGGCAUGGUUGAAGCGGCCAAGGCUCCAUGGGAUUCUCGCAUUCCCAGGGCGGAAACGGUAAUCGCAGAACUGCCUUCGCCGUCUUUUGAAAUGGAAGGAAUAGCAGAGGAGGUGAAUCAUCGACCGAUAAGCGAAGUAAUGGGGACUCCUCGGAGUGAGCUUAGUGCGUGA